UUCAUUUCUCAAUCUGGGUGUUGGUUAACUUUCUCUCAUUUUUCAACCUUUUUUUUUCAUUCUCAUAAAAAUGAAACCUUUUGUUUUUAGAUAUUGUUGUUUUCUCCUUUGUAAAUAGUUUUCUGCUGACAAGGCCUGUUGUUUUGGAUCUUUGAUUUGAUUUGUUUCUAUUUUUAACGACUACUCUAACUUCUGGGUUUGUUGUUGAGUGCCUCUUUGCAUGUGGGGUUUUAUUCUCUGCCUCCCAAACAAAGGCAAGUGUUGAUUUUUUUCUCUUUUUUUAAUGAUCCGUGUCCCUGAUUUUGGGGAUUGGAGUGUGUAUUGGGAAAGUCGCCUCUGGGGUGUGCCAAAGUCUAGCCUUUUUCCCUCUUUGUUAAACUCAGAAUGACAUGCUAGAUAGAUUCACAUCUUUUUGAGGAAAACAAGGAAAAAUGGGAUCUGGCAACGAGGUUCACUCAGUUGAGGAGUUCAAUUUGGAAUCAAAGUGGCUUGUAGAUCCCAAACAACUAUUUGUUGGUCCAAAAAUUGGAGAGGGUGCUCAUGCCAAAGUAUAUGAAGGAAAAUAUAAAAAUCACAACGUUGCUGUUAAGAUCAUCAACAAGGGAGAAACCCCAGAAGAGAUUUCAAGGAGACAGGCUCGGUUUGCCAGAGAGGUUGCCAUGCUGUCGAGAGUUCAACACAAAAAUCUGGUUAAGUUUAUUGGGGCUUGCAAAGAACCUGUUAUGGUUAUAGUGACUGAACUUCUAUCAGGUGGAACAUUGCGCAAAUAUCUCUUGAAUAUGAGGCCAAAGUGCUUGGAUAUGCCCGUGGCUGUUGGAUUUGCUCUUGACAUUGCCCGAGCAAUGGAGUGUUUACAUUCUCAUGGGAUCAUUCAUCGUGAUCUUAAACCUGAUAACUUGAUCUUGACAGCUGAUCAUAAGACAGUUAAACUUGCUGAUUUUGGUCUAGCCAGAGAAGAAUCCUUAACAGAGAUGAUGACUGCUGAAACAGGAACAUAUCGUUGGAUGGCUCCUGAACUUUACAGCACUGUUACUCUAAGACAAGGUGAGAAGAAGCAUUACAACCACAAGGUGGAUGCCUACAGCUUUGCAAUUGUGUUGUGGGAACUCAUCCAUAAUAAGCUGCCCUUUGAAGGCAUGUCUAAUCUACAGGCUGCAUAUGCAGCUGCUUUUAAGAAUACAAGGCCAAGUGCUGAAGACCUUCCUGAGGAUUUAGCUCUGAUUGUAACUUCAUGUUGGAAGGAAGAUCCAAGUGAUAGACCAAAUUUCAGUGAGAUCAUACAGAUGCUCCUUCGAUAUCUCUCCACCAUUUCAUCACCAGAGCCUGUUCUUCAUCUGCGGAUGACUUCAUCUGAUAAUGUGGUGUUGCCACCAGAAUCUCCUGGUACAAGUGCAUUAAUGCUUGGAAGAGAUGACUCUGGAGAAACCUCAACAGACAAAGCUGAAGACAGGCCUAAAGGGUUUUUCUUCUGCUUCAACCAGUGUUACUGAGUCCUCAAAAUACAUCAGUUCGUUUUUGGGGCUGUCCCACAGAUCAUAGUUAGGAAAACUAAAAUAAAACCACAUUCAGAAAUUGUAAGCUAGAAUCUUAAUAAGAAAAUGUCAACUGGUAUUAUCAGAUACUGAUGAGUUCAGUAGCAAAAGAAAGCACCUUUGCUCUCAACAAGAGUUGUUGGCAAAGCUCUCUUGAACAAUCAUGUUAACUUUCUUCUGACUGAUUUCCAGAAACUUGUGGGGUAAAGGUUGCUGAGAUGUAAUGAAAUGUCAUUGUAAAGUAAGGCUCAUCCAAAGGCCCUUAUCUCUA